GAGUGAAUGGAUGAGCCUAAGAAGGAAGAAGAAGUGAAGAAGGAAGCUCCCAUAGCCAUGGCUCUUCUCUGUCCAUCUCUUCCCUCUCCGAAUUGUCGUCUUUUCAGAAGAAGAAGCAGCAACAUUUCGAGUAAGUAUCACAAGGAGCUGAUGAUUGCUCGUUCUGGCGUUUCUACGAGAUCGAUUUCUUCGGAAGAAGGGCUUUCUCGUAGGGAUUUGGUUCUGAUUGGUCUCUCUUCUCCUUUGUCUAUGCUCUUGCCUCUAUCUCCUGUCACUUAUGCAGAAGAAGACCUGAAAAUGGUUGCAGAAGAAUUAAAAGUGGGUUCAAUGGUGGAUGAUGUUAAUGCUUAUUCCUAUGCUUACCCAUUGGAGUUGCCAUCUGAGAAGCUUGUCUUCAAAUGGGUGGAAUCGAGAAAGCCUGAGCGUUACUCUUCAGCUGCACCACUCUCUCCUGAUGCACGUCUACGCAUUGUUUCUGAACGAGUUGACCUCAUCGACAACCUUGUAAUUUCUAUUUCGAUAGGUCCCCCAAACUCGACAUUAAAAUCAAAAGAAAAGAAUACAUGGGCAGCUAAGGAAGUUGCUGACUCUGUCUUGUCUGAUAAGUCAGCAUUGCGUGUCACCUCAAGUCAGCGUCUCGAAGAGAGCUCGGUUCUUGAUGCACAUGCUACUGAUAUUGAUGGGGAGCCUUACUGGUACUAUGAGUACCUUGUUCGCAAAUCACCAACUAAAAUUGCUGAAGCAUCAAAGCUUUACAGACACUAUAUUUCUUCAACAGCUGAACGUGAUGGGUACUUAUACACCAUAAACGCUUCAACCCUUGGCAAGCAAUGGGACAAGAUGGGACCGGUGUUAGAAAGAACAGUAGAAUCCUUUAGGCUUCUUCCUGCUACUGAUAGUUAUGUUCCUCCAUACAAGGAUCCAUGGAGGUUUUGGUGAUGCUUCCAUCUACCUCAGCUUUUCAUCAAAAAUGCUUUUUCGAAAUUGUUGUUAAUUUUGAUAGGAGAGGUUAUGAGAGUUGUUGUAACAGAUAUGAGCUAAACGAAGUAAAUGUAUUGUUCACAGUCAAAUGUAUUGAGAGUCGAGAUAUAUAUAACAUAUGCAUCACUUGCAUUCUUCUU